CGCCAUCAUAGAGCGACCAGGGGGCAGUAAACAGACUAGUUCCGCUGUCGCGAUGGAAUCAAACAAGGACGAAGCUGAACGGUGCAUAAAGAUUUCUAUAAGUGCACUCAGUAAUAACCAACCAGACAAAGCUACGAGGUUUCUAGAAAAGGCACAGCGUUUGUUUCCAACCGAUCAGGCCAAAAGUACGUUGAUUAUCUAUUGUUAUGCGUGCAGUAUUUUCUAUCAGUUGGUGGUGUGGCCAAAGUACAAUCAGAACCAAAUCUUCUAACUUUAGCUAGCAUGACAUCGACCUCCGUUUUUGGAGAGGUGGUACUUGUAGUUACUUUUAUUAUCAACAACUCAUCUUUGUAAUGGCAUGUUGAUUUAUUUCUCAUGUUAAUGAGAAACAUCCACAUGAGAUAGCUAACGUUAGAUAGCAGGCUUGUUGUUAGCUUGCUAGCCAACCCAUACCCAGCCCACCCUAAGGCGCUUGCAUUACAGUACAUGAAUGGCCAAGUUAUCUAACUAGCUAGUAACUACUUCCCUAGCUUUCUUGCUUGUGGUAUGCUGACACAGGUGGCACUGGUGGUAGCUAUACCACCAACAUUGCUGUAACGUUACAUAGUUGCAAAAUAGUGUAGGAGAUAAAAUGUAGGCCUUACUGUACUGUGAUGCACGUCUGACAUUUGCCUUAGUUAUGGGGAGAGAAGUGUAAGUUAUAUGGCUGCAGUGACAUGCCAACGUUAUCACUUAUCAUCGUCAUCUGCAGCUGUCUCUUAACCUAUUCCUAUCCACCCAGGUUUACUAGAGUCCAUCAAACAGAAUAGGAAACCACCAGAUGAAGAAGAGAGGCCUAUGAACGGGGAUGGUUUUGGAGUGAGACACCGUAGCCACGGAGACGAAGCCGCAGACUCAGCCAAACCAUACACAUCAGAUCAGCUGGAUGCUGUUAAAAAGUAUGUCUGUGUAGUUAUUAUGUUUAACAGAGCCAGAAGGAGUUCCCCCUAACCGCUGGUCCAGGAUUUGGUAUUUGUUUAUCAUCUCUAAUGGUUAAGGUUUGGAAUCAGGAUUGGGGUUGAUUAAAUUAUCCUAGAUCUGUGUUUAAGGGGAACAUCUACUUUGUAUACAUUGACAAUUAUAACCUCUAUCUAAAAUAUGUUUUAACAGGCCUACUUUAGAAUGAUUUAGACAACCUGAGAUACUGCUACAUGGUUCAUUGUUUGUUUUCUUGCUCAUUGCUCGACUAAUUGGUUUGCUUCACUGAAUUGUUUACUUUCUCUGUGCUUCUCUUAUGUAAUGUGUGUAGAAUAAAGAGUUGUAAAGACUACUAUGAGAUUCUGGGAGUUGAAAAGGAUGCCGGGGAGGAGGACCUGAAGAAGUCCUACAGGAAACUGGCCCUGAAAUUCCACCCCGAUAAAAACCAUGCUCCAGGAGCCACAGAGGCGUUUAAAGGUAACCUCUCUUUUGGCAGUUGAAAUUUCACCACUUGCUAAUAAGUGCAGAAUGUCAUAUCUGAAGUAUACCAUCAUGGCAAAGUAUGUUUAAAAGCUUAACUGAAGUUACUGUGUGUUUUUUGUGUUCCCCAGCCAUUGGCAAUGCGUACGCUGUGCUCAGUAACACAGAGAAGCGGAGCCAGUAUGACCAGUAUGGUGAGGAGAGAGCUCACCCUACCAGACAACAGCAAAGGCACCAGCGCCAUGACUUCGAAGCCGACAUCUCGCCCGAGGACCUCUUCAACAUGUUCUUUGGAGGAGGUUUCCCAUCACGUGAGUUGGGUCGUAUUAUUCAUUGGGCACCAAACUGAAAAAAACGGACUGAAACAGGGAGGGACUUCUUGAAUUUCCCCAAUAAGAAAAGCACAUUUUUGUUUUCCGUGGCAAAAUAUUUUGAAACAUUAUUGGUUGCAUGCCCUAAAGAACACAAUCUUGGUUGUGGACAAAAAGGUGGUCUAAAUGAUGUUCUGCUGGCCUGGAUGUUUGGAUGCUGGCCUGGAUGUUUGUUGUUCUAUACUGUAUGUUCUGCUCUCUUCCAGGUAAUGUACAUGUUUACAGAAACGGAGGAAUGCACUUUGGCCAUCAGCAUAGAGCAGGACCAGAGAGGAGAGAACAGCGGGAUGUAAGUGAAAUCUGUAGACUCCUUUUUGUUGAUCAAUGGACCCUUUUCCUCACUUCAUGACAGAAUGAAAUGUGCUGACCAUGACGAUAGUCAAACUUAUACAGUGUUUAGUUAUCUAUCUUAUUCUGUGAUGUGUGUGCUGAAUUCCAAAUGGACACCUAAACCUUAUCCCUAGAGACUGUGUAGAUCUGACAGAUAGAGCUGAGGUUCUCAGAAAGCUCAGAGAGCACUUUGGACAGCGUAAACCAGUGAGGAAACGGGGGAAAGUGAGUGAAAUCUGUAAAUUAUGUAGGUAGUUAAUCCAUUUAUUUAUAAUUUCUUCAAGGUAGAAAGUAGGUUGUUGUGCUCUGAAAAUCUAAAUGUUGACCACGCUAAUAGUCAGACCUAGAUAUUGUGCCUUUAUUCUGUGAUGUAGAGUGCCUUCGGAAAGUAUUCAGACCCCUUGACCUUUUCCACAUUUUGUUACGUUACAGCCUUAUUCUGAAAUGGAUUAAAUCGUUUUUUUCCCCUCAUCAAUCUACACACGAUAACACAUAAUGACAAAGCAAUAACAGGUUUUUAGAAAAUGUAAAUUUUUUAUAAAUAGAAAACUGAAAUAUCACAUUUACAUAAUUAUUCAGACCCUUUACUCAGUACUUUGUUGAAGCACUUUUGGCAGCGAUUACAGCCUUGAGUCUUCUUGGGUAUGACGCUAAAAGCUUGGCACACCUGUAUUUGGGGAGUUUCUCCCAUUCUUCUCUGCAGAUUCUCUCAAGCUCUGUCAGGUUGGAUGGGGAGCGUUGCUGCACAGAUAUUUUCAGGUCUCUCCAGAGAUGUUCGAUCGGGAUCAAGUCCGGGCUCUGGCUGGGCCACUCAAGGACAUUCAGAGACUUGUCCCGAAGCCACUGCUGCGUUGUCUUGGCCAUGUGCUUAGGGUCGUUGUCCUGUUGGAAGGUGAACCUUUGCCCCAGUCUGAGGUCCUGAACGUUCUGGAGCAGGUUUUCAUCAAGGAUCUCUCUGUACUUUGGUCCGUUCAUCUUUCCUUCGAUCCUGAGUAGUCUCCCUGUUCCUGCCGCUGAAAAACAUCCCCACAGCAUGAUGCUGCCACCACCAUGCUUCUUUGCCUCGAUCCUGACUAGUCUCCCUGCCGCUGAAAAAUAUCCCCACAGCAUGAUGCCGCCACCACCUUCUCCUACCUAUAAAGCAUGGUGGAGGCAGCAUCAUGCUGUGGGGAUGUUUUUCAGCGGCAGAGACUGGGAGACUAGUCAGUAUCGAGGCAAAGAUGAACAGAGCAAAGUACAGAGAGAUCCUUGAUGAAAACCUGCUCCAGAGCGCUCAGGACAUCAGACUGGGGCGAAGGUUCACCUUCCAACAGGACAACGCCAGGUUUCCUCCAGACGUGACGCUUGGCAUUCAGGCCAAAGAGUUCAAACUUGGUUUCAUCAGACCAGAGAAUCUUGUUUCCCAUGGUCUGAGAGUCUUUAGUAGCCUUCUGGCAAACUCCAAGCAGGCUGUCAUGUGCUUUUUACUGAGGAGUGGCUUCCAUCUGGGCACUGUACCAUAAAGGCCUGAUUGGUGGAGUGCUGCAGAGAUGGUUGUCCUUCUGGAAGGUUCUCCCAUCACCACAGAGGUGCUCUGUCAGAGUGACCAUCGGGUUCUUGGUCACCUCCCUGACCAAGGCCCUUCUCCCCUGAUUGCUCAGUUUGGCCGGGCGGUCAGCUCUAGGAAGAGUCUUGGUGGUUCCAGUCUUCUUCCAUUUUAAGAAUGAUGGAGGCCUCUGUGUUCUUGGGGACCUUCAAUGCUGCAGAAAUAUUUUGGUACCCUUCCCCAGAUCUGUGCCUCGACACAAUCCUGUCUCGAAGCUCUACGGACAAUUCCUUCGACCUCAUGGCUUGGUUUUUGCUCUGACAUGCACUGUCAACAGUGGGACCUUAUAUACAUUUACAUUUCCAGAGCGACUUACAGUUAGUGAGUGCAUAAUUAUUUUUUUCUUCAUAUAGACACGUGUGUGCCUUUCCAAAUCAUGUCCAAUCAAUUGAAUUUAUCACAGGUGGACGCCAAUCAAGUUGUAGAAACAUCUCAAGGAUGAUCAGUGGAAACAGGAUGCACCUGAGCUCAAUUUUGAGUCUAUUAGCAAACGGUCUGAGUACUUAUGUAAAUAAGGUAUUUCUGUUUUUUUAUUUUUAAUACAUUUGCGAACAUUUCUAUAAACCUGUUUUCGCUUUGUCAUUAUGGGGUAUUGCGUGUAGAUUGCUGAAUGUAUUGCAUGUGUUUAAUCAAUUUUAGAAUAAGGCUGUAACUUAACAAAGAGGAAAAAGUCAAGGGGUCUGAAUACAGUCCGAAGGCACUGUAUGUGCUGAAUACUAAAUCGACCCCUGACCCCUAUCCCUAGAGACUUCCUGUAUAUCCGAAAGCAAUUGUUAUGGUUCCAUCUUACCCUCUGUCAGGCAGGUUGAGGUUCUGCCAAUCCUUUCAGAUCUGCAUAAAGUAGGGGCUAGGAGUCCGUUUUGAAUUCACCUGAGGAGUGCUUGAGCAGGGUUGACUCUUAUCUCACUCUCUUUCUCUCUCUGUAUCGCUCUCUUUCUCUCCCCCUAUAGGGAGGCUUUGCCCUGUUUGUCCAGCUGAUGCCCAUCCUCAUCCUAAUCUUCGUCUCCGCCCUCAGCCAGAUGAUGGUGACCCCUCCCCCCUACAGCCUUAGCCACCGCUCGUGAGUCUCAAUGUCCUCCUUUACGCACUAACACUUCUACCACUCACUUAUAAAAUAGUUAUACAAACUUCUAUACAGCUCUGCUACUUACUUAUAAUAGCAGUGUUUGACAGACGUGCAUCAUUUUCAGCUUGUGGUCACAGCUUCAGAAUAGAUUAAACGUUGGUUUUGUCACAAGGAAAUCUGAAAGGCUUUAAUUGGGUCAGUGUAAAAAAUAAUAUUGAUGAACAACCUCUAAAGCAUCUCUGGUUAUCACUUUAUCACAUAUCAUUUAUUACAUCUGAGGGUAUCAGUUGUUACAACAUGGAAUUAUACAUGUUUAGUCUAUCUUGUGCUCGUAAUGGACCUGUGUGUCAAGAUUUUGAUUGUAUGACUUAAUUUGCCCUUUUUUUCUUGUAAUUCUUUAUGACGUGAUGUUACUUACGAAGUUGAACCACCCUGUUUGUCACACUCUCACAUCCUGUUUUAUCACUUCCUGUGCUGCGCUGCAGAGGUGCGGGCCACAUCAACCGGAGGCAGACACAGACCCUGAAGGUGUCUUACUACGUAGGACCUAGCUUCACCAAGGAGUACUCUGGAAAAGACCUAAGGAGUGUGGAGAGGAGUGUGGAGGAAGACUACAUCUCCAACCUCAGGAACAACUGCUGGAAGGAGAAGCAACAGAGUAAGUCACAGCCCAACGUUAACACAACGCACAUGCAAAGUUUGUACCCUUUUCACACUGUCAUGCCAUUCUGUACUUUACUGUACUGGCUUGGCUAUUUUCCUCUCACAUUGUCCAGCAUUCCAACAACUACUAACCAGGCCAGGCCGAUGCAGUGAAGUUAUGCUAAAGUUUGCUAUUUUUUAUAAUGUGCAUAAUUAUAUUUUUCAAUAUAUUGGAUACAUUUUUGUGUGUUUUUGUCUUCCAGAGGAAGGCUUGCUGUACCGUGCUCGUUAUUUCGGAGACUCUGACUUGUACCAAAGGGCUCAGCGGAUGGGCACGCCUAGCUGCUCACGACUGUCGGAGAUUCAGGUCAUGCUACAUGGAUAAGAACCCACAAACAAACAGAAU